AUGGUGCGCAUGAAUGUUUUAGCAGAUGCCCUAAAAUCAAUAUGCAAUGCAGAGAAACGAGGCAAGCGACAGGUCUUGAUCAGGCCUUGCUCCAAAGUUAUCAUCAAAUUCCUAACAGUGAUGAUGAAACAUGGUUACAUUGGCGAGUUUGAAAUAAUUGAUGACCACAGAGCAGGCAAAAUAGUUGUUAACUUAAAUGGUCGACUAAACAAAUGUGGUGUGAUAAGUCCCAGGUUUGACAUAAAAAUGAAGGAUCUUGAACAUUGGACAGCUUAUCUUAUGCCAUCUCGACAGUUUGGCUAUCUGGUAAUGACAACAUCUGGGGGCAUAAUGGACCACGAAGAAGCCCGAAGAAAACAUUUGGGAGGCAAAAUAUUGGGAUUCUUUUUCUAA